AUGGUCGAUAAUGAAAAACAAGAAAAUUUGGCGAAUGCUCGUCGAAAACUAAAAAAAUUUCGUGAUCAACAACAACAACAACAAAAUGGUAACGAUCAUUUGACCUUCACUACAGAGACCAAUGGUACCGAUGUACAUUCUAUUGAUGGAACAUCUAAUGAAUCUAUUAACAAUUAUAAUAAUACAUCGCGUACAAUUCCACAUGAUGUAGCCACUUUUGUUAAUGAACAACAAGCUAUAAUUAAUGGAAUACAUGUAAAUUUAACAAAAUCUCCUGUUCUUGGAUUAGAAGAACAAAAUCGUCAAUAUGCUCUAUUAAUUGAAAAUCAAAAACAACAACGAUCUCGUCUCGAAGAUCAACGACAGUUUGGUGUUGGGAGUAGUGUGUCCGGUCGUUCAAGUCAAACUCAACCUGACGUUGAUAUUGCACGACAAAUUGAACAUAAAUAUCGUCGUGAUCUUGAUCAUUUACAAGAACAACUUGAAAUUCAUGUUCAAACAAUUGGUAUUUUAGUAGCAGAAAAAACUGAUUUAUCAGCUAAAUUAAGUCAAUCAAUCAAACAACUUGAACGAAAACAAAAUGAAAUGGAUGAAAUUCAAGGACGUUUAAAAGCAUCACGUGAACGUGUUGAAGAACUUGAAAAACAAACACAAAAUUCAACAUUUAAUACACAAAAACGAGAAAUGGCAAUUAAAGAAUUCGAUAAAGAAAUUGAUCGACUUAAAACAGAAAAUAUUCAUCAAAGUCAAAUAAUCGAAGAUUUAAAACAAAAUUUAAAUGAAUUUGAUGGAAAAUAUAAUAAUCGACAAAUAAUAAUUGAUCAAUUAAAUAAUGAUAUUACUAAAUUAAAACAAAAAUUAGAACAAUCAGAAAUUCGUUUAGAACACUAUCAAUCGAUUAAUGAUCCAUCCAUAGCAAAUAAAUAUGAACAACAAAUUGAAGAAUUACAACGUACAGUUGCAUUAAAAACAAAUGAAUCCGAAGCACUUCUCUCCUCCAUGAAUCAAAUGCGUUCGGAUUAUGAUCAAAUGCAUUCACAAUAUCAACAAUACAAUACUAAUGUACAACGCCAUAUACAAGAACUUAAUGAGAAAAUUAAUGAAUUAAUUCAAACAAAUAAUCUAUUAGAAAGUGAACAAGAAGCGAUAAAACAAGCUUAUGAAAUGAAAUUAACGGCAAUAUCUAAUGAUCAUUCAGUUAAUCAUCACAAUAUCAAUAGUGAUUUAGUUUUAGAACGUGAUUCUCUUCUUCAAGAAAAUCAAUUAUUUAAAACUGCUAUUGAUGAAUGGUCAAAACGAUUUGAAGAAAUACGUUUAGAAAAUGAACAAUUAACAAAAAAAUUAAAUGAAAAAGAUACACGUAUUGAUCAAUUAGAAGAAAAUAAUGGAAAAGUUCGAGAAAAUCAAAUGGAUCAUGAAAAAUUAUUACAAACAAUACACGAUGAUAAAACAACAUUAUCACGUGCUAUAGCACAAAAUAAACAAUUGAAAGAACAAUUAAGUGAACUUCAAGAUGGUUUUAUUAAAAUAUCAAAUGAUAAUAUGAAUUUAACAAAUCAAAUUCAAUCUCAAGAAUAUUUAAAUAAACAAUUAAAUGAACGUCUUGCACAACAAGAAGUUCAAACAACACAUCAUGAACAAGAGGUUCAAAGUUAUCAACAACCUCAAGCAGCAUCUCAUAAUGAUAACGAACAACAAGAAAAUACUGAUCAGCGACUAAAUGAAUUAUUAGAAGAAAAUAAAACAUUACGACAAUGUCUUUUACAAUUUGAACAGCAAACAGAAUCUCAACCGAAAAGUGAUAUACAAAUCAAUGAUUCAAGUUCAUUAACAUCACUUGGUUCAGUUGUUGAUGAUACUCAUCAACUUCAAAGUGGAUUUGUUGAUAAAAUUAUUGAUCGUUUUAAUCGAGCAAUGCGUGAUAAUGCUGAUUUACAAGAUCGAACUCAACAACUUGAACAUCUUAUUUUACAAUUACAAAGUGAAACUGAUACAAUUGGUGAUUAUAUAUCUUUAUAUCAACAACAACGGCAACAACUUCAUCGACGUUAUCAAGAAAAAGAUGAUUAUAUUAAACAAUUAACUCAUGAUCGAUUAGGUUUACAAAGAAAACUCUCUGAAUUAGAAACAUUAUUAAUGCGUGGUUUGAAUAAACCAUCGACAGAUACAAUAAAUCAACCAUCUAUUCCUAAUAAAACAAUUUCAUCGAAUGAACAACCAAAUAUCGAUGAAAAUGAAUGGCCUGAAAUGGUUGAUAAUACAUUACCCUCAUCAGCAACGUCUGAGCAAGCUAUUCCAUUAUAUAAUGAUAAAAUAUCAAUUACUACUUCAACUUCAUUGCCAUCAUUGUCUAAUUUUGAUAACGAAACAAAAACACGUAUUUUAACUUUACUUAAAGAAUUAGGCGAAAGUAAUAAUUCAUCAUCGACAACUGAUAAUUCAUCAACAACUAAAUUAGCGUUUGUUGGAAAAAAUCUUUAUAUGCUCGCUGCUAAAGCUCAUGAAUUAAUCAAAGAACUUGAUCGUUCUCGUGAUACAAUAUUACCUCCUUAUAAUAUUGAAACUAUUCGUCUUUGUCAACUUGAAGCAAAUGAAUUAUUUCGUCAAAAUUAUGAAGAUGUUCAAACAGUUGUACAAGCCGGUACAGAUAAUAAUGGUGCAAGUUCUCCACCAACAUUAAUGCCAACAAUAAGUAUUCGUCAUGCAGCUAUACAACGAAUAAAACGUUGUCUACUUGCAUAUGCAUAUCAUCGUAUGAAUAAAAUAAAAUCAUUUCGUUGGUCAAUAGGACCUGUUUUACCAGAAUAUAUAAGAAAUAAUUUAUCAAUUGAUGAAUUAGAAUUUUUUUCAAAUUAUAAUCAAACAUUAUCAUCAUAUAUGCGUUCAAUUGGUAAUAAUCAUUCACUUGAUUUAACAACAUUUAUGAUUCCACCUAAAAAAUUAUUUGCACAUAUUAAAUGUAUACAAGAGUAUGGUCCAUAUGAAACAAGUGAUGGUACAAUAAUACAAUUAACAUUUAAUAGUGAACAUUAUGUAUUAACAUCCGAUGCUGAACAUUUAAUACAACGAAAAAUAGCUGAACAUAUUGUUUAA